AUGGAGGCCCUGGAGGAAGAUGAGCUCUGCUUACCCCAACUCAACAAUUCCUGCUGGAAAAUGAUGCACUCUCACUUGGAGGCUACUCUCAUUUGCAGUCUGCUGUCCUGCAUCACUCUGCUCACUGUGGUUCUGAACCUGCUGGUCAUCAUCUCUAUCUCCCACUUCAGGCAGCUCCACACCUCCACCAACCUCCUCCUACUCUCUCUGGCUGUUGCAGACUUCCUUGUGGGUUUACUGCAAAUGCCAGCCGCUAUUCUUAUCUUCCGAGGCUGCUGGAUCCUGGGUGACUUUAUGUGUGGUGUGAUAUAUUUGUUAGGUUACAUCAUUGUCAGUGUUUCAGUAGGAAACAUGGUCCUCAUAUCAAUUGACCGCUAUGUAGUAAUUUGUGACCCCAUGUUUUACUCCACCAAAGUCACUCUGAGAAGAGUUCAAUACUGUGUUUGUCUGUGUUGGAUAUUUUCUGUUGUGCACAGCAGUUGGAUAAUGAAAGAUUUCUUAAAACAACCAGAGAACUAUAAAAUCUGUCGUGGAGAGUGUGUUGUCACAAGUUCUUAUGCUGAAGGAAUUGUUGAUCUUGUUGUGACCUUUUUAGGCCCCAUUUUAAUCAUUAUACUUCUGUAUCUGAGAGUCUUUGUGGUGGCUGUGUCUCAGGCUCGUGCCAUGCGCUCUCACAUUACAGCUGUCACAUUUCAGCGUUCAGAGACUGUGAAAGCUACGAAAUCUGAAAUGAAAGCAGCCAGGACUCUUGGUGUCGUAGUACUUGUGUUUCUUCUGUGCUCCUGCCCAUAUUAUUCUUUUGCUGUUGCAGCUGUGAACGAUUUGGUCGGGGCGACUUCUUCAGGCACUGAGAUUUGGUUGUUGUAUUUCAACUCCUGUCUAAACCCUGUGAUCUAUGUUUUUUUUUACCCCUGGUUCAGAAAAUCUAUUAAACACAUUAUUACACUUCAGAUUCUGCAGCCUGGCUCCAGUGAGGCCAAUUUAAUGUAG